UUUCGCUCCCACGACAUGGAGAUCGACCAGUGUCUGUUGGACUCGUUGCCCCUGGGCCAGCGACAGAGGCUGGUCAGGCGGAUGCGCUGCGACCAGAUUCGGGCGUACUAUGAGCGAGAGAGGGCCCUCCAGAAGCAGGCGGGCCCCGGGGCCAGACCCAGGCCCCGCAAGAAGCACAGGGUCCGCUUCGGCCUGUCCGACGUCAUCCAGGACGCGAUCGUGCGCCACGACGACAAGGAAGUGCUGAAGCUGCUAAAGGAAGGAGCUGACCCCAGUACUCCCAUUACCUCUGGAGGAUCUCUGCUGCAUCUGUGCGCUCGCCAUGACAACGCAGUGGCAGCGGAGAUUCUGAUCGAGCGGGGGCUGAACGUGAACCUGCAGGAUGAGGAUCUGUGGACUCCUCUGCAUGUGGCGUGUGCGUGUGACAACACCGACAUCGUUCUGCUGCUCCUACUGGCCGGGGCCAACACGCUGCUCCAGGACGUCAAUGGAAAUAUCCCGCUGGAUUACGCCACAGAGGGUACGGAGACCAGCUGCAUCCUGCUCACGCACCUGGAGGAAAACGGUGUGGACCUGGCCUCCAUGCACCUUAUGAAGAUGCAACGGGCGAUGACCAUGCUGUCGGACAUCCAGCAGCUUGUGGCAGCUGGUUGCAGCGUCAACCAACACAAUGAGGAAGGAGUCACUUUGUUGCACAUGGCCUGCGCCAGUGGCUACAAGGAGGUGGUAUCUUUGCUGCUAGAGAACGGAGCUGAUCCACAGGUGGCUGACAACAACUACUGGACCCCUCUACACCUGGCUGCUAAAUACGCACAGACCAACAUCGUGGGACAGUUACUGAGGCAACGUGCAAACCCCACCCUCCUCAACUGCAAUGAGGACAAGCCCUCGGACGUCGCCGCCACUGAGCUGAUGUCCGAGCUUCUCCGGAAGGCGGAGGAGAGCUGGGAGCAGUGGCUGCGGGAGCCGUCCAAUCCGUUGCCGGCGUCGGACGAGCAGUACGAUGAGGUCACCCAUGAUGCGGCCACGCCCACUAGGAAACUGAACCCCCUCACCCUCCCUAUCUCCAAGAGAGACAGUCUCCUUGAAAAAGACGCCAUGUUCAGAGAAGCCCUUGGAGGGCUGACCCAACAGCCAUCCCAGGACAAUGGUGUCGACGGUCCCUUCAGCUCCAGCACCAGCAAGCUGGAGCAGGUAAAGCUCAUGCCUCCAGCACCCAACGAUGACCUGGCCUCGCUCAGCGAGCUGACCGACAGCAGCCUGCUCUACGAGAUGCAGAAACGGUUUGGGAAUGACCAGAUCUAUACUUACAUUGGGCAUAUUCUUCUUCUCGUCAACCCCAACAAAGAACUACCCAUCUACUCGACACUGGUGAGUCAGCUGUACCUGAGCUCCAGCGGUCGGCUCUGCUCCUCCCUGCCCCCCCACAUCUUCUCGUCUGCGGAGAGAGCGUAUCACAUGAUGCUCCAGGAGCGCCAGCCACAGUGCUUCCUCCUCAGUGGAGAAAGUGGCUCAGGGAAGACAGAGGCCUCCAAGCACAUAGUGAAGCACUUAGCUGCUCGCUCGUGUACCAAGAGCUUUGAUCUGGACUCCAGAAUGAAGCACGUCAGCUGCAUUUUGGAGGGGUUUGGUCAUGCAAAGACAGAAAUGAACAACAGUGCCAGCCGAUUCAUUAAACUGCUGUCCCUGCAGUUCUGCGAGAAGAAGAAGACCAUAAUAAGAGCCAGGGUAUACGCGUACGCACUGGAGAAGUCACGGCUCACCUCUGCUCAGCAUUAUCAGCACAACUUCAAUGUCUUCUACCUGAUGGCAGAGGGCCUCUCUCCGGAGGAGAAGAGUAGCAUGUACCUCAACAAUGUCCUGGCACACAGGUACCUGUGCGGGGGCACGGCGGGGGAGCCGGCUGCCGUGGCGACAGCCAGCACCCGGAGCAGGGAGAAGCUGACCGCGCUAAAGCAAGCGCUCAGAGCCUUGGGCUUCAGCAACCUGGAAGUGGAGAACCUAUUUGUGAUCCUGUCCGCCAUCCUGCACCUGGGAGAUUUGCGCUUCUCCUCCCUGACCGACGCGGAGACGGCCUCGGUGUCAGACCUUCAGCUCCUGGAUCAAGUGUCAGGGAUGCUGCAGGUGUGUUCUGAAGACCUGGGCACAGCUUUGACGUCAGACGUGCAGUACUUUAAAGGUGAUGUCCUCACAAGACAACACACAGUAGAGAUGUCCAAUCACUACAGAGACCUUCUGGCUAAGUCCUUGUACUGUCGCCUCUUCAGUUUCCUGGUGAACAACAUCAACUGCUAUUUACAAGGCCUGGAGGACAGCACUGGGGAUCCCGCGCUUGAAAUCGGAAUCCUGGACUUCUUCGGGUUUGAGGACCUCCAGAAGAACGGCUUUGAGCAGCUUUGUAUCAACAUGACCAACGAGAGGAUCCACCAGUACACCAUGGAGGUUCUCUUCCAGCAAGAACAGGAGGAAUGUCUGCAUGAGGGAGUCGCUAUGGAAACGCUACACUCCCCUGGCAACCAGUCUGCCGUGUUGGAUUUCUUCUUCCAGAAGCCGCAGGGCCUGCUCUCUGUUCUGGACGAGGAGAGCCAAGCCUUGCGCCCGGCCGAGCAGAACUUCUACAGGAAGCUGCAGGGUCAGCUGGAAACGGCCGGUACCAACGGCAGAGCCGGGGGCAUCUUCCUGUCCACCAAGGAUGGCAACGGCAACCCCCCGCCCAAAGACCAGGGCCCCUCGUUCACCGUCACGCACUACGCUGGCAAGAUGACCUACGACCUCACAGGGUCGCUGGAGAGGAACAAGGACGCCCUCCCACAAAACCUCCUCUGCGUGAUGAAGUCCAGCGAAAAUGUGGUCAUCCGUCAAGUGUUCCAGGCCAAGCUGACACAGACUGGGUCGCUGGUCCCCCCCCACCACCGCCUUAAACUCCGAGGGCCCAAAGCUGCCCUUCUCCUCCAGAAGAUGACAUCAGCCAGUGCUGUCCAGGAGCCAAAGAAGUAUCUGGACCUCACUAAGCUCCUGAAGAAGAAAGGGAGCUCCUCGCUCUUGCAGCGUUUGGAGCGCAGUGGACCGGUCACGGCCGCCAUCCAGCUCAGGAACUCUCUAAGCGAGAUCAUCAGCAAGCUCCAGGGGUGCACUCCGCACUUUGUGCAGUGCGUCAAACCAAACAAGACCAAGCAGGCGGACGCCUUCGACAGCGCCCACGUGUCCUCACAGCUGCACUAUGUGGGGGUUCUGGAGAUGGUCAGGAUGAUCCGCUACGGGUACCCGGUCCGACUCCCCUUCGCAAACUUCCUGGUCCGAUACAAGGACCUGGCAGACAUGAUUCUGGGAGAAAAAGGGAAACUUUCAACAGAGGAGAAAUGCCGGCACAUUCUACAGCAGUGUAAGCUGCAGGGAUGGCAGAUGGGUCACAGUAAGGUGUUCCUGAGGUAUUGGCAAGCUGACCAUCUGAAUGACCGCUGCCACCAGCUUCACAAGAAGAUCAUCGCCUGUCAGAAAGUGGCGCGGGGCUGGUUGGCACGGCGACACGCCAGACGCAAGGUGAGCGACAGGCAGCAGGAGCUCUGCAGUGUCCAACGCUUCCUCCAGGGGGCGGAAGACCUGGGUCUGCAGGCCUAUGACCGCCUGGUCAUCCAGAACGCGUCGGACAUCGCCCGCGAGAACGACCGAAUGCGCGGCCAGCUCAGCGGGAUGCACCUCAUCGAGAGGCCCGAGCCUGUCGGCAAGGAGGAGGAGCCAGCCAGGAGGGCUCCAGACAGGAGUGGGAAGGCCAUCGACGGGGGCGGGGGGAGCCGCACGCUCAAGCACUUCCGCUCCAGCUCCGUGCCCGUCCCCCUGGCCCCCGAGAACUUGGUACAUUCCACCGCCGGGCCAUCCAUCAAACCGGGCGCCCAGCAGCCGGCGUUCUCCGUCACCGCCCCCGCCGAUGAAGCGGGCGGGGCCGGUGGCCUGUCGUCGCCACGGAAACAACCCCCGCCAAAGCCAAAGAGGGACCCCAACACCAGGCUGAGCGCCUCCUACGAGGCCGUUAGCGCCUGCCUGAGCGUCAGUCCCAAGGAGACCCCUGCCGAUGGUCCGUACCCCCCCCCCAAAACUCUGACCCCCAAAGCCCCUCAUCCCAUGUCCCUUUCCAAACCCCGGCCUCACAGCGAUGACUACAGCACCAUGAGGAAGGUCCCUCCCCCCAAGCCAAAAAGAAGCCCCUACACCAAACUGACGGGGUCGUACGAGGAGAUUUCUGCCCACCGCUCAGCCGAAAUGAAGCUGUCCUGUCUCUCCAAGGGGGGCCACUGUCUGGGGGUGAUCCACCGGGCGGCCUCCAUGGAUGGGCCCCACUGCGUGGGCCUCAGCCUCUACCGGCCCCUGGAGGAGGACGACAUCUACAUCGAGAUGGUGGGCCAGCCGAGGACAGCCAGCCUCCCUGAGGUGGACAGCCCCGAGCUGAACGAGGCCGUCUACGAAGAGAUGAAGUACUUCCCGCCCGAGGAGGUAACCGUGGGGAUGACCAAUCCCGAGGAGCCGUCCCCCGGGUUGGUCCACGCAGGGCUGGCCGAGCAGCUCCACCCGCCAGGCCCCAAGGUCUGCAAGGACGGGGCCUGUGAUAUCCCGCCGCCCUUCCCCAACCUGCUGCCCCACCGGCCACCCCUGCUGGUGUUCCCCCCCUCCCCCGCCACCUGCUCCCCAGCCUCAGACGAAUCUCCCCUCACCCCGCUGGAGGUGAAGAAGCUCCCCGUCCUGGAGACCAACCUCAACUAUCCAGGGCAAGGUGAGGUGGGCAGCCCGCUCUCGCCCCAGUACGCCCGCCAGAGGGCCGACUCCUCCCCCAGCCUGUCCAUCUACAUGCCCGACAAGCCCAACCCUUCCCUUACGACCCCGCCCCCUACGCCGCCUCUGCUCCCCCCUCCCCCGGCCCUGCCCCCGCCGUACAGACCGCCCUCCCACUUCCCGUUCCCCCCCGACGGCGCUGGGGCCAUGGGGCUGAUGCGCGCGGCAUCGGUGGCUGCCCCAGACUCCUCCAAGGCGUCCCUCAAGGGUCACAAUUCGGCCGAGGCCCCGCCGGGAACCGGCAAACCGCCCUACUCUCCAGCGAAGACAGGCCGCCCGGAGCCCCGGCGCACGCACUCAUGCUCCUCCUCCCCGUUGCUCUUUAACCCCGCCUCCGCCCGCCCCCUCACCAGCCCCCUGGAUGAGCUCACCACCCUCUUCAGCUCUGGGCGGACACUGCUCAGGAAGUCCUCCGCAGGGAGGAAGAUUCGAGAGCCAGGGUUCAACUCCAACAUCAAUGCUCUGGGGCGAGAGGAGGCGGGCACAACCCCUCCAUCGCCGCAGCUGCAGGACAAGAACGCUAACAACCACACGACCCCCCACGCCCACUCCCACACCCACUCCCCCAGCCCCGCACCUCUGGAGAAUGGCAAUCAGCUGUCUAACGGCUCCCCGGAAGAUGAGGGCCAUUCCAAGUCAAACAGCUCCACGACCUCUUCUCUCCACAGGCACCUGGACGGUCACCACAGCCAGCGGCGCGCCCGUUUUACAAGAGCAUCUGGGGACAUCGGGGCGCACGCGGCCCGGAAGGUUCUGCUCCGCAAAAAAUCCAUGAUGAGGAGAAUCAUUACCGUGAUCCAGCAGCUGAGGCUGUCGCGGAACCAGAGCGCCGCCCUGCAGGAGCUGCUGGAGAGCCGCAGGAAGCUGUGCGAGGAGCGGGGCGACUGGCGGAAGCUCCUCUUAAGGGCAGAGGGUGACCCCGUUGACGCCCCUCCCCCGCUCUGCCAGAGAAGCCCCAUCCUGGCCAAGAAGACCCUGCCCCCAUAGGCCUCUCUCCACAGGUCACCCGUCUACCCUCUGUUCUCUGGUUCUCUCUCUUCUUCCCCUUCGCAACCCCCUGUUCCGUGUUUGUAUCUAUCUCUCUCUCUCUCUCGCUCUCCUCUCGGACCAGUCUGAGAAUACGUGGUCAUGGUGGGCGUCUCUUUGGGUCUCUUCUGGCCCUCUCUGAGGCAGAGGAGUACGUGUUCUCUCUGAAGGUUCUUCCCUGUCUCUCCACGGUAUUGAUCUGGGGCGAGUCAAGGACGAGUCUUCGGUUCUUAACGAGUCUCGGACACACUUAGAGAGCAGAGAAGGGACCGGCUCUCUGUGCCACACUUCUCCUCUCUGACUGCUUUCCCUUUCUUGCCUUGGGAUAAGUCAAGGAUGAAUCUCUCCACGGUUCUGGAUGAGUCGCUGGGACCCCUGACAUGGUAGACAGAGAUCAGCUGUUUGUGCCCCAGUGUAGUGCCUCUGCCCUGUCUUAGGAAAAUUCGGGGGUGGACACAGUGUGUGUCUGUUUGGGUUUGGUUCUGGAAUGACUGUAACACACACACACACACACACACACACACACACUGACCUCAGCUGAAGGGACUGAGGAUGAUGAAAUUAGACUAUGCCUUCACUACUGGUGCACAGAGGCAAGUACCUCAGCAGAACACAUUCUGAAGGGACGUCUAUAGCUUUUAAACAGUGAUCCUACGGGCUGGUUCAGCCUGCAUAAUGGAACCAUCUGAUCUCCCACACACAAUCCUCCUUCAUCAGUGCCUGCUGUAGUCUCAGUGUGCCAUCCUUCGAAAACCCACCGUUCCGCUGGUGCUGGUCGUCUCGCGCCCGACCCAGCGCAGGUCGGUCGCAUGGCGUCCCAAGUUUACAGGCAGACGCUCGCGUCCGCGCUCACAUUGACCUCAGGGCUGUGGCCUCACAGACAACCCUCCAGGAGCAGCCAAUCAUCUCAGCCCUACAGGUGUGUCUUACGCCCUGAGGUAAGCACAGCUGCAGGUUCAGGGAUAUCGGGUGGAGCCACAGGCAUAUCACCUGUCAAACCCCAGGCCAGUGUGGCCCCUGUCCUGGUCCGGGGGCCACACUGUAUACUGUACGCUUGUUCUGGUUGCUUCAGUGCACAGCCUGCCCCAAGUACCUAGGUUAGGAAAAACCGGGCUUGAAACCAGGUUCAGCACACAGACACACUGUUCAACACUAGUGACCAGCACACACUCUCAGAAAUAAAGUGAUGGUGGAGGUACAUUUUAGUUCGUCAAGGAUCAAAUUUCCCAAAUAUACCCUGUGAGUACAGUAAUAUUUUCUUUGAGUACAAAUGUGUCAUUUUCUUAAACAAAAAAGGUACAUAUUAAUUAUGUAUUGCUGGCUAGGGGUACAAUUUUAUGUACCUAUAGUGUACCGCCCCAGCGACAAGCGUUUGUACUGUACCCUUUUGGUACCUUUAUUUCUGAGAGUGCAGAGGCAAACACACAGCCGUAAAAACUCAAGACACCACCUUUGCCGAUAAACGAAUGUGAGACGUGUCAAUGUGAAUGUCAGACUCAAGUGAGCACCUAUGGCCAGGGCGUGUAAGGAAACAUGCGUUAAAGCUCUAUGAACUCUAGUAAUGCGAAAGAAAAUGUGUCAAACCAGCUUUUGCACAAAGGCUAGCAGCUUUUGCACAAAGUGUGAGCAGCUUUUGCACAAAGGCUGAUGCCAGUUUAUCAGGGUCCUCGAUGCCUGUAAAAUAAAUGGAAGUUCAGAGAUGAGACUCCCUUCAUUUACACCCUAUCUACUUAGAUCCAAGUCUGUAAAAGACUAACAAAGACUACUAAGAGGUAUCCAGAGUGCAUUCGACUUUAAAGUGCUGAAUCGUCCCAUCAGCAGCACAAUGUUUAAUUUCACAACAGGAAAAUACCAUUGAUUCACACAUAUACUGUAUACAGUACCUGAACACAUGCACACACAUGCACAAUCAACACUGUGCCUCUAGGAACGUGUAGAGGACAAGCGUUCAAACCCCUGUGGUCGAAAGAUCAUACCAGAACAAAGAUCUGCCAUAUUCUGUGAACGUAUGAUGAUAUGAUUCUAUCGAGAUCAAGUGAAAUGUUUCAGAAAAAAAGUGUAUUUCAUUUGCAUUUAGAUCUCUUAUCUCUGUACAUAAAUAGUGGAUGAUUUCUGUACAGUUUCUAAUUAAAAUGUGAGUGCACGGGUUCUCUUGCCCUCCCAUGCUAAGCACAAGGAACUGCUGCGUUGUAUGGUGAACCAUCCCAAAAUUGAGCCCAGAUUUCUCCACCGGAUGAAGGGUGAACAUACUGUAAAUAUAGUGUUUUCUCUAACACCAGAGUUGACUGGUAAAAAAAAAUCUAUACGUGUAUAAGUUGUCCAUCUGAACGCAAGUCUUGUUUCAUAGCAAAGAACAAAGUAAGUGUUUGUCAUGUGAAUAAUAAUUAUUUUGUGCAGAAUGAUAUAGUCGGUUUAUGUGUAACCUCUCCAUACAAAAAUCAUCACUGCCUCCACAGUCAGUAUUUUUGUUUAUAAGUUAUGUUUCAUUAUGUUAAGUUAGAUAACGCACAACACCCGUGUCCAAUAUCUUGAGCAGUCAUGGCUUGUGAAUUUGUCUCUGUCUGUCUACUUGUUUGCUAGGACAGAGAUGCACAGCAUGCUUCUUGGUGGAAGGGAACAGGUAUAAUUGACACAACACUUGUUUGUGUCAACACCCCUGUUUGUUGGAAAUGCCCAUCAACCCACAAACCUCACCUCCCUUGUAUUAGGUGACAUUAGCCAGGAGCUUCUCCCACUUCAGACUUAAUGAAGAAUAACCAGAUUAGCAUUGAGCGCUCUCAAGCACUGUCCUCAGAAGGCUGGAUGAGGAGAUUCGGCCUGUUCUGCAGAGGGGUGGGAGUUGGCUAUAGGACCACUCGACGCUCCACAGAGGGAAAAACUUUAUAUUCACUGCAUUUCUCUCUUUUGUCUUUUUAAAUGUAUUUAUUUAUUGCAUUAUUCGAUGUAAAAAAAACAAAAAACAAGCCUAAUGCACAAGGAUAAAUAAUUCCUUUUUAAAUAAAAAACCCCCACCGGAUUCUGCUGUUUUGUAAAUGCAUGAAAACAUAAGCCUAUGUACUGAAACCUAUGUACUUACUCUCUUUGCUUUCUUUUUUUUGUUUUGUUUGUUUUCUGUGGAUGAAAAAUCAUUUUUACACACACUCGUGACUUCUCUGGGUGCUAAAAUUUCCCUGCCUCCAUCCUGUACUGUAUGUGGCCCAGACACAGACCAGUCUCUGAAGAAUCAGACUACCUGGUUAUGCUGUACUGUCCCCAACAGUCAUUUUUUAUCAGGGCGAUUUUCUCUGGAACAGUCCUCGGUGCACAUCACUGCAAAGUGGACCUCUUAAGUGCACACCGAACCAUGGACAUUGCUCAGUAAUUCAACUACAAACGGGGGUUUGUCUUUUUUCUUUUUUUGUAAAUUCAAUAUAACUUGUGGUUAUAUGUUCUAUUUCACUGUGUUUGUGGGGAAAAACAAAGAAUGCCUCUUUACACAUAUUGUUUUCAGUAUUUUAUAAAUACCUGUACAGCAAUAAAGCACAAUUGUGUCAACA